GACCUGCGAGUUUUCAGCCAGUCGCUCAGCGCAACUCCUUCCUUUGUCUCAGACUCCUUUGAUCAUUUUCAUUAAAUCAUCAGGAUCACCCUGUGAUAGUAUCUAUCGCUCUGAAAGUCAGCCCUUAUAUCUUGUUGACUUCCUUUUCGCCACGUUGAGUAAAAGGAGCAGGAAAGGAUAAGAUAGCUCGUCCAACAUGAACGGCGAUACUUACUCUUCUUCGAGAGGAGAACCUGGCCGCUCAAGAGAGCACUACCGCGACGAAAGACGCGAACGCGGAGGCGAACGUGGAGGUGAACGCGGUGAAAGAGGAGACAGAGGAGAGAGGAGACGAUCGAGAUCCCCCCAUUACGGCUCCAGGGGUUCACGACGUGAAUACGAGGCAGACUCAUACUCGUCGAGUCGUGACUACCGCGCGAGAGAACGAGAGGACCGCUACUCCAGCCGGAGAGACGACCGCGAAUGGGAUCGGGACCGCGGCGAUCGCGUCGAUCGCGGUGACCGUCGACGCAGAGAUUUCGAUGACAGACCAUCUCGACGUGACCGGGAUAAAGACUUGUUCGACGAGAAACCCCGGAGAGAACGAGGAGGAGACCGCGAGCGCGACCGCGACCGGGAGAGGAAAGAACGGAAGAGAAGCGCAACCCCUCCGAGCAAAAGGGAGCCCACUCCUGAUUUGACAGAUGUGCCAUCUGUUCUGACAAGGAAACGUCGUUUGACGCAGUGGGACAUUAAGCCGCCUGGUUACGAGAAUGUUACUGCUGAGCAAGCCAAGCUGUCGGGCAUGUUCCCCCUUCCCGGAGCACCUCGCCAGCAGCCAAUGGAUCCCAGCCGCCUUCAAGCGUUUAUGAACCAGUCAGCUGGUGGAUCUGCGGACAAUUCAGCUCUCAAGCCCUCCAACUCGCGUCAGGCCAGGCGUCUGUUCGUAUACAACCUGCCUCCCGGCGCGUCCAGCGAGCAUCUCGUGUCCUUCUUCAACCUGCAACUCAACGGCCUCAAUGUCAUUCACAGUGUAGACCCUUGUAUCUCGGCCCAAAUAUCUGAAGACCAUAGUUUUGCACUUCUAGAGUUCAAGACACCCAACGACACCACGGUUGCUCUUGCCUUUGAUGGCAUCACGAUGGAGGAGCACGAAUCUGCCAGUGGAACUGAGAACGGUGCUCCCAAGGGGCUCGAAGUGCGCCGACCCAAGGACUACAUUGUCCCGAACGGCAGUGCGGAUCAAGAAUACCAGGAGGGUGUGUUGUUGAAUGAGGUCCCCGACUCGCCCAACAAGAUUUGUGUGUCCAAUAUCCCGCAAUAUAUUCCAGAGGAGCCCGUGACCAUGCUGCUCAAGUCGUUUGGCGAGCUCAAAUCAUUUGUACUGGUGAAAGAUAGCUCGACGGAAGAGUCAAGGGGUAUCGCUUUCUGCGAGUAUGCUGAACCGUCAGCGACUGCUAUCGCUGUGGAGGGUCUCAACGGUAUGGAAUUGGGCGACCGGCAUCUCAAGGUUGUGCGUGCCAGUAUCGGAAUGACGCAGGCCGCUGGUCUUGACAUGGGAGUCAACGCGAUGUCGAUGUUCGCCAAGACUACAUCGCAGGAUUUGGAGAGCAGCCGUGUCUUGCAGUUGUUGAACAUGGUGACGCCGGAGGAGCUUUUGGACAAUGAUGAUUACGAAGAAAUUUGCGAUGAUGUACGCGAGGAGUGCUCUAAGUAUGGCAAGGUCCUGGACUUGAAGGUGCCACGCCCUUCUGGCGGCAGCAGGCAGUCUCCCGGAGUGGGCAAGAUCUAUGUCAAGUUUGACACGGUAGAAUCGGCCACCAAUGCCUUGAAAGCGCUUGCGGGCAGAAAGUUCUCUGAUCGGACAGUGGUGACGACCUACUUUUCCGAGGAAAAUUUCGAUGUGAGCGCUUGGUAAUCGAUACCCGGAGGGCUAGGACUCAUCGAUUGUGGUAUUAUCCCUGGUGCUGACGGAAAACAAUUUGCAACUCAAAAUCUAUUCCCUUUCCAUUUUUUGAACCUCGCUUGACCGGCGUUUGCAAAGUAUCCCUCGAAGGAUCAAAUCAAUUGUGCUUGCAUCGGACGAUGCAACUAGUUUGACCGUGUAUCAUAGCAAGAAGUGACUUAAGCUGGUGAAAGUCGAUCAUCUUCUGUUGUAGUUAUGUGCACAUGGAAGGAUUGCGUACUUCAUGGACUCCCGACUUUAGACGAGGCCCAUCCAACACUGCUA